CGCUGCUGCACGCUCCAUUGCAGACAGGCGUAUUGACGGACAGCCACUCGGGGUCCUUAAACCCACUGCAAACAAAACAAUCACACUUCCCUCCAGUCAGGUUGGAUUAAUCGCCGUUAUUGUCCUCAGAUGCAGUUAAGGAGAUGGAUGUUUAUCCCGAAGUCCCCGACGGCGACUCCACCAAACACCAAGAAAGGCACUACUACUUGUUAUCUGAGCUGCAGACCCUGGUCAAAGAUUUGCCAAGCUCCUUCCAGCAGCGCCUGUCCUACAGCACGCUGGGUGACUUGGCCCUGGCACUCAUCGACGGGACGGUGUACGAGAUCGUGCAAGGACUCCUUGAUAUUCAACAUCUCACCGAGAAGAACCUGUACAACCAGAGGCAAAAGCUGCACUGCGAACACCAGGCACUCAAACAAGAUCUCGCGCGGAAGCACAAAGAUGCCGUGCAGUCGUGCAAGUCUCACAAUCUUGCACUUCUGAAAUCCAACCAACAAGCGGAGCAAGAGUCUCUGGAGAUGCGCGUGCGAGAGGAACAAAAAAUGAUGGAUAAGAAGAUUGUAGCAGAAAUGGACCAAAAAGUAAUAGACCAGCAGAACACCUUGGAGAAAGCGGGAGUCCCUGGAUUUUUUAUCACCACUAAUCCUCAGGAGCUGACAAUGCAGAUGAACGUACUUGAAUUGAUUCUCAAGCUUCAACAGAAAGAGUCACAAUCUGGACUCCUUUGAGGAGGCCUAAUUGUACCUGAAGAAGGGGAAUGAAAAUCCUGCAAUAGCCACUGAGCGCAUGUGCUCCUAUUCCAGUCAUAGUGAGAUUCAAAAAGUGUUGUUUGACAUUUGGCAUUUGUUGUAAUAUUCACCAUGAAAAACCAAAGGAGAAGGCUGAUUUGUGAGUGUAAGAAGUGUGCCGUCUUUAGUAGAAGCAGGUGAUGACAACAUACAUUAUAGAGCACUUUGCUGACACGUCACAGGUGUGUUUUUCAAAAACGUUGAGCUACAUUGUACAUGUAGUUGAAGACCACGUUAAGGCUCCGUGAAUUAAAUUGUAGAAGAUCGAUAUAUUGCUGAAGGACACAGAGACUGUUGUUACUGGCACUAGUUCUUCAUUAGGGCCUCCUGAUACUUUUUAUGGAAGUGUCAUGAAAACAUCAUUGCUUAUUUAUAUAAGUCAUUUGUAAGUUGUAAUUUCUUCCUUUCAAAUAUUUGUGCUACUUUUAAUUGUAUACACAUUGUGUAUGUUUUUUUCUUUUUAUCUAUUAGGUAUGCCUUGUGUGGGUACUAAAGGUGUAAAUUAUAUCUUUAUCUAACCUUUGCAUUUGUAUUGCUUUUUUUUUUCAAAAUCAUUUUUUAAAGUUUUACUACCCACAUAAAUGAGCAUCAAUGAAGAAUUCAAUCAAAUAUAUGAUAUACCUAUGAACAAAACCAGUUUGGAUGGCAGUAUUGAAUAUCUGUUGAUUUUCCAUUGGAGGAAUAUUUGUUUUUGUAAAAAAAAAUAUAUUUAAGUCACUCAAAA